AUGAACGUCUUGUCAUCUUCGAAGCCCUCAUCACUGCCACCGGUGACAUCAACGACCCCAUCUCCACCCCCAACGACGUCGACAACAGCGCCGCCGACCACGAAACAAAUGACGAUUGGUAUGGCCUUACCUACGCCGCCCAGCAAAAGCAGGCCGCUAGAUCUCUCUGCAGCGGAUCGAAUUAUUGCAACUGCUGCUGAAUGUCCCAAACUCCUCAAAGCGGAAGAAAUGGUAGUUGCAAGCGAUGAUGAUUGUCCGCCGAAGUUGGAAGGUGAAAAGCCCGCAGAUACCGUAUCCACUGAGGCCGAUGGUGAAAAAGUGGAAGUCGAAUGCCUUCAGCCGUCGUCUCCCAGCAAGUCUGCACAGUUGGAGAAUCCGGCUUCGAAGCCUGACGAGGUUUCGGCGCAGCUGAAGACGUUGACGGACUUUUUCAAGACGCUCGCGUCUGCCUCGAAUGCUGCUUCAAUGACGCCAGAUACAACUGCCUCAUUGUUGGCGCUAAUUGGAAAGAAGGCGGGCAAGGACGAGGCUGGAAGCGAUCCACUCACUUCCCCCGGUUCCCUUGAAGCUCUGCACCAACUUGGCUGGCAGUUGAUAAGUCUUGGACGAGGCGGCUCUAACGCACCACCUAUUCCACCUCAUCCACCAGCUCAAUCAACCUCAGCACCAAUGUGGAUGCCAGCACACACUCUAACCAGCCGAUCUGCUCAACAGCCCCCGGGGGUUCAUCCACCGCCACCAUCUUUGUCCGGGAUUUCGAUGCGGGGAAAUCAAAAGUACAGCGCCUUCUACCAGCACAACAGGAAGCAAUCGCCCGAGGAAAGCGAGGUGCUACGCCAAUCAACAGUCUCGCAGUUCCAUCGUCUGGGGUUUCCACACCAAACCAUGAAUCGACGCUGCAAUGGACCAUCUGUGUCGAGCCACGGUCGUCCCCUCUACCCUACUCCUGUCGUGUCUGCAGAGACCGGACUGAAAUCGUCAUUGAAUCGCCUACAAAACGAGGUUGCGUCGCCACCACCACCACCGCCACCACCUCCUCCCCCUUCUAGACCAAGGGAGACGGCAUUUUUGUGCAGUUGUAGCCAGGAUUUUGAUAGUCUUUACGUCUUCACUCUCCACAUGAGGGACACCGGUCACAAGCCUCGCAGUAGCCAACCAGAGCGCGAUAUCCCGAAGCUGGUCCGAGGACAAGAUAUGUGGAUUAAUAGUGAGACCGAACAGACCAGGGAGAUAUUGCGAUGCAUGCGGUGCAACCAGUCGUUUAGAAGCCUGCCUGAACUGACCAUGCACAUGAUGAAGACCAGCCACUACUCGGAGAUCGUCUACAGCGACGCAGGAAGAAAUCUACUAGCAAGUCAGACGUUCUCUUCCGUGGGCGACCGCAACAGAUCGGGUGGUCUGUCGAACAACUGGAGUUCGAUGAAGGGCUCGAACGCCAACCUUAAGCGCUCUAUGCGUGGCAGUGCAGCUUGCCAGAACGGGGUUCCCCUGUCAACUGAAACUACGAAACCACUUGAGGUUGGCGUUGACGAGAAGGUGAACGGGCAUCCGGAUUUGCGGUCAGCGAAGUCGCCGAAGUUGGAGGAGCAAUCGAGCCAGCCGAAGUGCGAAAGGCCUGCGAGUUCGCAUGAGAUGCACCUCGUGAAACCGUCACCGAAGCCCGCAGCUUCCCCCGAAGCACUGUCUUGUCCAUCCGAGUUGCAACGUAGUGCCGCUUCGUCUCCCCGCAAUGAGGCUGAGAAACACGACCAGAAGUACCUCAACUCCCCUGCAUCAAGCCGCGGAACUGCUAGUCCCAGGGGCACUGAGGAGGACGCCACGAAGAGGAACUGUUCGGACAGUGUCAUCCGGAAGAUUGAGUCGUUUGUUGAAAAGAGCCUGCCGUUUCCAGCCAUGGCUAGUCCAGCUAGGCCGAGUUGCCAACAACGCCAGUACCAAGGCCUGCCAAAAACCGGCUUCACGAGGCCAAAUCCCUCUUCAGUGGAGGAAAACGAGGCAAAUCGGUCAACGCCAGACACGAGUUUCUCCCGAAAGCGACGCUUCUUGAGUGGUUCCUCAAAUUCUGUUGUUCCGCCAACAGUCAACACGUCACUAGAUGCUUCCACGGAGAAGCGAUCUGCGCUGCCCUUUUCACCAGCUCCAGUAAUGGAUGUUAUACCGUACGGCAACUCGGAGAACCCCCUAUCCUCCCUUCAGAAACUCGUGGAGACCACUCAUCAGGCGGGCGGUAGCACGGGUUCUGUCAUGAAAAGUCCGCUUCGUCCAUUCAGUCAGGCUAGUGAAAUCUCUCCCGCUCCCUCUAACCACUCAAACGACGUGGAGACGUUAGCUGCCAAUAUGAGUUCUUGCACCUCCUCCUCUUCCUCGGCCACGUCUCAGCAGUCGAGCAUCGCGGUGGCUUUGUCGGCGCUGCAAACUUUCAUGACAAAAGUCUCAUCAAACACUCAACAACAACAACAGCAGCAGCAGCAGAGGCCAUCAGAGACGCCGAAGAAUUUGGACUUUAUGCUCACCUCGAACGGUGAAGGUGAGGCCGCUACCAACUGGAUGAGUCUUCUUAGCGCCGUUUUGAACGCAGCUAAACAGUCUGAGAGUGAGACAAAGCGUUCAGAUGCUGCUGGUGGCACCGGCACGAAUGUGCCAUCACCGUCUAAGUUACAAUCAAGCGCCGUCGGAAUGUUCGAUCCGCCGCCACCUUCGGUGUUUACAAGUGGAGCCUUCGACUUUAACUGUCCAGGGAAGCCGCCAUCCCUGCCCGUCCACAUGACCGCCGCGCCGAUGAGUCCAGCCGGUGCAAGCAUGGUCGCAAACAUCACCAAGAAGGCGAAGUGUCACUUCUGUGGAAAGCCGUUUGCCAACAAAGGUCAAGUGCGUCUUCAUAUAAGCAAGAACAAGUGUCCAUGCCUGCUUCAACAAUCGGCGGCUGCUGCCAUGGCGAAGCCGCCUCCUUCCACGCCACCUGCCACUGUGGUUUCAGCGUCGAUUGGCGAGAAGCGACCCAUGCCCUUCUCGUAUCCAGGCUUUGGUGCAGCCGCUGCUGCAACAUGCGGAGCAAAUCCUGGUCCUCUGGGGUCGGCAGAUUUGAACCGUCUACUUGGAGGGCCACCACCACCACCAGCGCAGCAGCAGCAACAGCAACAACAGAGGCCUGUUGAUACGAAGCCGUCGGAGGCAGCAGCGCUCGCGGCGUUGUUGCGACAUUUUAACCUACCCCAACCAAGCCGUCCCGUGGCCGCGACCCCAUCGACUGCGCUCAAACCGACGGACCUCCUGGCGACGCUUGCACGAGCCACUGGCGGAGGAAUCGACGCCAAUUCGGCGAAUCCCCUCUUGUCUAUUCUCUUUCCUCCGACUGCUCCGGCGCCGCCGACGCCGCAACCACCGUCUUUGGACACGACCGGUGCCAACCUCACUCCGGAGCAGAAGGCGCUGUUCCUGUUUGCUCAGGCUAUGGUCUCAUUAGCUGUGGCCGCGCCAACCACUAAGCCAGCCGACGAGUUGCCGCAGCCGCCACCGCCGCCAGCAACUACUUAUCCCCUCGCCAACUUCCUGCAGAACUUCAGUUUCCCUCUUCCCAUGCCCCCGACCUCCACACCAGCCUCCGAUGCCGGUCUAGCGCCGAUUAACUCAGAGGUCCUCGCCUACUUGAACGCUAUUCGACAGAUCGCCUCCCUGGGCAACGCGUCCUGGCCUCAACCGACGCAGCCUCCUGCCAGUACGACCACCUCU